UUAAUUGAACCCGUUCUGAAACUUGGCCUGGGCAUUGGUGCUGCUGCUGUUCUAUUCCCUCUACUCGUGUGGGGUGGCUAUGCCCUCUUUCCCUUUGAUGCCCCGCCACUGGACAGCGCCCCUCUCAGGCUGGUGUACACACUACGCUGCUCCUUCUUUGCUGUCAUACCCAUCAUUCUAGGUGUGCUGGUGCAGGGGGUGGCGCGGCUGCACUACGGUGCCGUAACGCCCCUCUACGAGGGCAAGGUGGGGGAGGAGAGCCGGGAGAUGGCGGUGCACCGGCACUAUGUGGUUGACUCGCUCUCCAUCUUCCUGCUCUACUUCCUGCAACUGGCCAUUAUGGCCACCUACAUCAGCCAGGACCUGCUCAAGAUUUGUGCCCGUGCUUACCAUCGUCUUUUUCUUCGGCAGGCUGAUCUACCGGGUGUGUGUCCCUAGGCAGCAGUGUGAGUGGGUUGGGCUUCGGCCUCUCCUUCCUGCCCAUGCUGGGUGCCAAACUCUACUUUGUGUGCUCGUCACUCAGUGAAGGGGCUGUCUUUGAUGUGGCCCCGCCCACCACCGCCCCGGCAGAGUUGGUGGGGCUAAGGAGGAAGAGGAGUAGAUAUCCUGAAGCCUAGAUAGACCCCCAGUCCCUAGACACUUGUGUAGAUCUGAAAGAUAUAAUGAUAAAUGACAUGGGAAUAUGUCCACUUUGCUUUCUGAUAGACCAGGGCCAUGCUCAGUAGGCAAACAUUGUGCAACCUUGCAGAUAGAAAUGUAUUCCUUACUCUAUAUGUCAGAGAUGCAAGUGUGUUCACAAUAUAACACACAUUCCCCAAUGUUUUGCCCUACUGAGGUUUGUUUGAAAUGUUGUUGGUACCCAUUCAGCUCGACACAACUGUCAUGGUGUUGAUUUGGAAGGAGUAAGGGGGGAAGAAUCAAUCAAGUUCAUCAGCUUGGAUUUCAUCUGAAACAUUGGAUUGCAUUUGCAGUGGUUAAUGGUGAAAUACAAUGACUUGAGGCUAGCAACCCCAUAGAAGUUGCUUGUAAUUGCAGGAUUGUGUGCCAUACGCCCUAUGGGACUUGUUUUUAAGAAAUAAAAAAAUGUGUUGUCAAACAGGCUGGAAGCCCGUAACAACGAGGGAGACAAGGAAUAACAAAAUACAAUAGUGUGAGUGGUUGCAUGCAUAUAUAUAUAUAUAUGAUAGAUGGGUGUUGCAUGGUGCCAAAGCAAACAAACAAAAUGGCCACAAAAAUGCUACAACCAAAAUCAGUGUAUGCAUGGAGAGAGUCUCAAUGAAUAGGGAAGAGGUAUUUAUCCCGGGCCCAGGUGUGUCCAAUUUCACCCCCUAAUAAGGAAAACGAGAAAGAAUACGGCAGACAGUGGGAGGGUUGUCACAGCGGCUACAAUUGUUUCAACUGUGCAAUGUUUACAUUUCAUUUCCAAAUUUGUUACAGCAUUUAAUACUCCCAAUGGAUGGGAAUGAAGUGUAAUUUAAUGCCUGCACGCAAUAUGUGCCUUAUGUCUGUACAGUACCAGAAAAGCAAUGAACAAAUCAGUACAUUGUUUGUAAAAUGGCAGCCAGCUGAUAUAAUUGUUGUAUUCCUUUUGGACGUUGUCGUUCAAUAUGGUUGGCAC